AUGUCGGUAUCAGCUUAUCUCGCCGCUUUCGGCAAGGAAUCGCCAGCAACAUACGCCCUCGGUACCGGGCUCCUCGUCACAUCAUCACUCUUCUUUGGAAACAUCGGCCUGACUCUCACCGGGCCCCUUCCCAUCAUCAGAGAUCAGCUUGGCGCAUGCACUUUGAGCUCCAAGCAAAAGAUCAAAGUAUGGAGGCUCUUCUUCGACGAAGCUUCUAAAUACAUCAUCGGCGGCACCGCCGUGACAGCAACGCUUCACCUGGCUGCCUUCGCCCUGGGCAACUCACCCGUUUCCCGCAGACUGUCCAUCAUGUCGGCGAUUUGCAGCAUUUGCAUCUUGCCGUACACUCUCAUCGUCAUCAUGCCCACCAACAACAGCCUCAUCGCCCUAGACGACAAAGUGGCUCUGUCGGAGCUGGACAGGAAAAAGGUCGGGUGGCUGAUCGAGAAAUGGGAUCGGCUGCACAAGGUCCGCUUCGUGAUGUACGGAUGCGCAUGGGCCUUGGGUCUUGCUGCAUUCACGUCUUCGUUGUGA